GAUACUCGUAGCAGAAACGUCCCUAAUCCCCGUGACUUUCAUUUACCCUUUCUCCUCUUUCCCUUUCUUUCCCCUGCACCCAUCCAACCUUUCGGAACUUCCCCAGGAAAUCGACCCUCUAGACAAGUUUAAGGGAAUAAUGCAAAUGCCCCUUUGACUGUCGCUGCCUUCGUUUACAGAAUAUCCUGGUGGCUAGGUGGGGGAUCUUCAAUCGCUUCUCUCACCCUCUCCCACCUCCCGUGUAUGGGUGAUCGACAUUAAUCACCGGUCGGCACACACUGCGUUUUUCAAUCCUAUCACACCCGGAACAGCACCCUCGUCAAGGAAAGACCGUGUUAGUGGAGGGUGAUCCUCAAGGGACACGACAAGAAAGGGCGUUGAAAAGAAGGACUGGGUGGUGGUCUGAGACUCGACACCCAACCUCUGCCCACCAUGCACUUCUCACUGCUGGUGUCGGCUUUGGCUCUGUUGCCCCGAACUUUUGCAUCUUCGACCUUGGCCUACUGUGCUACGGAAAAUACUGGAUCGUCUAGUAAUUCAUCAUCGAGUAUCUACCAAUCUAACGGCCUCUGUGAGGGAGAUUGUGCAAGUUACGCCUUCGGUAUCCUUCAAGGAAAGGUUUGUUGGUGUUCGAAUGUGGCACCGGCCUCCGACACUCGAGAGAGUACUUCAAAAUGUGACACUGGAUGCCCGGGCUAUCCCUCGGAUAGCUGUGGUAGUGCAUCGAAGGGAGUCUACGCCUAUGUCUCCAUCUCUGGAAACAGUGCGACUAGCACCGCAAGCAACAGUGACACCACUUCGUCGUCAUCGACGACGACGACCUCAGGGACUACUACAAGCACAUCGUCAACCUCAACCAUCACGACAUCAACUACUAGCGGUUCUACCACCACGACUGGAGCCAGUGUCGCCUACACAACCUCCUCGAAUGGCGAAGUCAAGACCAUCACCGUUUCUGGCUCGAGUGCCACCUCCGGCGCGGACGGGAGCACGGUUACCACGACUAGCAACAAGAGCUCCGGCUUGAGUGGUGGCUCGAUUGCGGGAAUUGUUAUCGGCGUCGUUGGAGGUCUCGCCCUGGUUGGCGCGCUUGUUUUCCUCGUCUUCUUCUACCGCAAACGUGCUCGAUCAUCAAGCCCCGUCCCAAGCCAGGAUAUGGCCGACCGAACAAGCCAGGGCUCGAACUGGUCCCGUGGUGUCUUCCCCGGUGGUGCUGGUGGAUCUGACCUCGGACGCAAGGCGACUUUCACCGAUAACCGUAUGAAGACAAGCACCGCUAUUUAUCCCAAUGGAGCUCGGGAUAGCAGUGUCUCGCUGCAGGACAACGAAGACUACUCGCGACCUGUCCUUCGCCUCACCAACCCGGACUAAAUAUGACUCGGAUUCCCUAUCCUCCACGUUUUCUUUCUUUCCACCCUUGACUCCGCGAGAUUGCCCUCACCAUUAAUUCUGCGCGAAUCUGCCCAAAACAAUUCUGUUAUGAUACCCAACUGUCCCUUGACUUCUUUCCUAUUCUUAAGGUGGUGGCCGUGAAGAAAACCGACAUGGAGGACACUUGAACCAGGGCUUGAAUUCCACCACAGCAUUGUGAAUGGAUGAGAAAAGGAUGGUUGGGAGGCACUACCCGACAUGAAAACGAGCCUAUUCGACCCCUGGAAGCGAUGAUCUGCCGUCGAGACGAGUUCACGAGCAACAGCAUACAUACCUACAUACAAUACCGUGGAUGAUGAGCCCCUGCCCAUGUGAUUCCAGUACAUACAUCCGACUCUCUCCAGAUCGCCUCAUCUCCUUGAUCUUUCUUUUUUCCUAAUUCUCAUUUCAUCCGUUGUACCAUCCAGCCAGCUCUUUGCUUUCCUUUUAUCCUAAUCCACGUGUUUUUACUCGUUUGGGUUUCUGCCACGGCGUUCCCUCCCUGGUGUUUAGAGAAUGAUACAUCUACAAUUCUACUGAAAUCUCGAUAAUUCCG